CCUCAUUUCCAAAGUUGGUUUGCCUAAUAUCCUUCCUGAAUUACUCACCAACCCCUUCAAUAUUCUCUCGUAUUCUCCUCUUUCAAGCAGAAUUCAAGAACAUAGAACAUAUUUCCUUUGAUCCUUACCCCUUUUUUGUACAUUGUUUCCAUUGCAUGUAACUAUGUUGGAUUCUUUAUGUUCGGUUCGAUAUCCGAUCGUCCUUGUUGCGGUGUUGGCUACGUUGUUCUUCAUCGAUUUGACGGUUUCGAGCUCGACGCUCUCGCGGCGAGCUCUGCAGCAACAGAAGCUGUUGAAUAAUGGCUUUAGAAUGAGGCUUCAUCACGUGGACCAUCAUGUCAAGAACUUGACAAGAUUCGAGCGGCUGCAGCGAGGGGCGGCGCGUGGGAGGAACAGGCUGCAGAGGCUAAAUGCCAUGGUGUUGGCUGCCGCGGGGGGCGCUGCCGUGGGAGACCAAGUGCAGGCGCCGGUGGUGGCUGGAAACGGCGAGUUUCUUAUGAAGUUGGCAAUCGGAUCUCCGCCGAAAAGCUUCUCGGCGAUCAUGGACACUGGCAGCGAUCUGAUAUGGACGCAGUGUAAACCUUGUCAGCAGUGUUUCGAUCAAUCGACACCGAUUUUCGACCCAAAAGAAUCUUCUUCUUUCUCUAAGCUUUCUUGCUCGAGCGAGCUCUGUGGAGCUCUCCCGACGUCGGCAUGCAGCAACGAUGGCUGCGAGUAUUUAUACACGUAUGGUGAUUAUUCCUCCACCCAUGGCCUUUUGGGUGCCGAGACCUUCACGUUCGGAGAUCCSGGCGAAGAUCAGGUCUCAAUCUCGGAGAUCGGGUUCGGUUGUGGAGACGACAAUGAAGGAGAUGGGUUCAGCCAAGGCGCGGGGCUGGUGGGACUGGGGCGCGGGCCCCUAUCGUUGGUUUCUCAACUGAAAGAGCAAAAGUUUGCUUAUUGCUUAACCCCCAUUGAUGACUCAAAGCCAAGCUCACUCUUGAUGGGAUCUCUAGCAAACGUGAAGCCCAAAAAAUCACAAGAUGAAAUCAAAACGACCCCUUUGAUCAGAAACCCUUCUCAGCCCUCUUUUUACUAUCUUUCUCUUGAAGGGAUCUCUGUGGGUGGCUCUCAUUUGGCCAUUCCACAGCCAACUUUUGAGCUUCGUGAUGAUGGGAGUGGAGGAGUGAUCAUAGACUCAGGUACAACAAUCACAUACAUUGACAAAAGUGCUUUUACUCUACUCAAGAAGGAGUUCAUUGCUCAGAUGAAGCUUCCAGUCGACGACUCUGGCACCGGUGGCCUCGACCUCUGCUUCAAAUUGCCCUCCGAGGCAACUCAGGUGGAGGUUCCGAAGCUGACUUUCCAUUUCAAAGACGCCGAUCUAGAGCUCCCCGGCGAGAACUACAUGAUCGGUGAUUCYGCGGCCGGGUUGUUAUGCUUGGCCAUUGGAAGUUCCAGUGGCAUGUCUAUAUUUGGGAAUCUUCAGCAGCAAAACUUCAUGGUUGUUCAUGAUCUUCAAGAGGAAACCAUUUCGUUUGUGCCUACUCAAUGUGAUGGAAUAUAAAAAAGGUUAAAGGAAUUUGUUUAGUUAAAAUUGUUAUGAAUGAAAGAAACUCCAAUUAUGGAGUGAAAUGAUACGAAGUUGUGUUUAGUGAGUUAAAGGUAUUAUUAUGAAUUUGAUGGUUCAAUCUCCCAACAGCAACGUCAUCUCUACAUUUCAAAAUUACGAGUCUCUCGAAAUCUCAAACAUGUUAAAGACAUGUGUUCUUGA